UUGUUCCUUGAUGGAAAGGUACCGGUUGAUAAGACACUGGACUAUGUUGAUACCUGGCUGUUCUCAAUCUAUGUGGUACUGGGAACAGCUGGACUCGUCUAUGCCUCUAUAUGGCUAAUGAUUAACAUCAUAUACAGAAAUAAAAAGGUCAUAAAGCUAUCCAGUCCGUAUCUCAACAUUGUCAUCAUUAUUGGAGCAAUGUUGUUCUAUUUGGAUAUUAUUUUAUUUGGAAUGGAUGAAGCUAUCCUACCAACCAGUGUUCUCAAUGGACUUUGCAUGGCCAGGGUCUGGAUUGUUGUCUUUGCUUUUACUCUUCUCUUUGGGACACUCUUUGCUAAAACAUGGCGUGUGUAUUACAUCUUUCAUUCAUCAUUUCACCAAAGGAAAACAAGCAAAUGGGUAAGAGAAUACAUAUCCAUGUACAUGAUGAUGUGUGAAUACAUAUACAUCAUGUAGUGAGUAAUGGAGUGUGUAGGAGUGGUACUAGUAAAC